GGUGGGGGGACCGAGAGAGGCGGGGGAGAGGGAAGAGGCCGCAGAAGCCCGAGCCUUGACCGACGGGCAGGCGGGGGCUGCGGCGGCGCCGCUCCUCCACUGCCUGGGAGUCCCAACUCACCAUUAUGCCCGUACAUCCCCUCCGAGGACCCCGUCUCGUAGCGGUAUUACAGACGUCCCAUCGGCCCGGAACCCCCGGAGCGCUCCUCUGCUCCACGGCUCCCCCGCCUUGCUGCGUCUCCCCUUCUGCAUCUCUCGCCCCAUCACCCCCACGCGUCUUCGACCUACGAGACACCCCCAUUCGCCUUCCAUUUCCCCUGUGCCCCCAUUCUCCUCUAAUUCCUGCAGACACCCCCUCUUCCGCUUUUUCUCCUUUCCCUGCACCCCUUCAGACCCUCCCCCAAUUUCCAUGUACUCCUCGGCUCGGCACUCUGCGCCGCACGGGCACGAGAGGAUCACUCAACGAUGUCAGUCAUUAUUAGGCACUUUGACUGUCCCCCACGGCCCGUCGCCCCCCAUCCGCCCGGGGACUUAAGAGCCAGUGUCGCAGCGGCCGGGGUGGGGCUGGCGGCGCAGGACGCGGAGCCCCCUCCAGCACAGUGUGCCCUGUGCCCGCAGCGCCGGCGCCCCCCAUGCCCCAGGCAGCCGGACGGCGGCGUCGGGGGGCGCCAUGGCCUCGGCGGCGGCGGCGGGCGAAGCGGAAGAGACCACCCGGCUGCGCAAGCCGCGCUUCUCCUUCGAAGAGAACCAGAUCCUGAUCCGGGAGGUGCGCGCCCACUACCCGCAGCUCUACGGCGCGCAGAGCCGUCGGGUGAGUGUGGCGGAGCGGCGGCGUGUGUGGGACGGCAUCGCGGCCAAGAUCAACGGCAUCACCAGCUGGAAGCGCACUGGCCAGGAGGUGCAGAAGCGCUGGAACGACUUCAAGCGCCGCACCAAGGAGAAGCUGGCCCGCGUGCCGCACUCCACGCAGGGUGCUGGGCCUGCCGCCGAAGACGCCUUCUCCGCUGAGGAGGAGACCAUUUUUGCCAUCCUCGGGCCGGGGGUGGCGGGGCCAGGAGCUGGUGCAGGGGCCGAGCAGCCCCCCGCGGCCGCCUCCUCACAGCCACCGGCCCCAAGCGCUUGCACCCAACGCUAUGUGCUGUCCGAGGACCGCAGGGAAGACCGACGGGCAGAUACACCAGCCCACAGCAAGGGGGGCUCCAGCAGCCCAGAGCCUUGGGCCCGGCCCUCCUGCAAUCCCCAGGAAGGGGGCUGCCCCCCGCCCAAGGAGCGUGAGUCCUCGCCCCUUCCAGCCCUGCAGACCGUCCAGCUGCCCCGUCUGGCUCUGUCUCCACCACCCCCAGCCCCUCCACCUCCACUACCCCCACCACCGCAGCAGGUCCAAGCUGCACCUUCGCCCCCCAGCCCUCUGCCCCCUCCACCACCUCUGCCGGUGCUCUCCGGCCCAGACCCCUCCCUGGACUUCCUGCGGGCUCAGCAGGAGACUGCCAAUGCCAUCAGGGAGCUAGCUGGCACCCUGCGGCAGGGACUGACCAAACUGAGUGAGGCCCUGAGUGCCCUGCUGCCCCUCCUGCCUGGAACCCCAGUUGACCCUCUGCCCCCACCCCCACCCCCUAGGCCUGUCCUGCCCCCACCCACCCCCAAGGUGGAGAUCACCCCAGAGCCCGUGUCUGUGGUGGCUGCUGUCAUGGACCGGGCUGUGGUGGCAGCCAGGGGGGUGAUCAUCGCUCCUAGAAGUGAGGAAGGGGCCCCCCGGCCCCCUGCAGCCCCACUUCCUUCCCAUGACUCCCCCCCACACAAGAGGAGGAAAGGUUUCCCCACACGGAAGAGGCGGGGGCGAUGGAAAUCUCCGUGAAACCUGCCACUGGGUUCGAGCUUGUCUCCGCUCUUUCUGCCUGCACCUCCGCGCCCAGCUUUGCCCAGCAGAGGAGGGCCGUGCACCUUCCCUGCGCCAGCUGCACCCUGGCUCCCGGCUGCGGGGACGCGAGCACCCCACUCCUUGUACUAGUUAGUGCCUGAUUCGAGGGGGGCCUCGCUGAUGGGCCCUCCAACCCUUUCUCCAGUACAGCGCUGUCUGCCUGGCUGCUUCCCUUGACCCUGACUUCUAAGCCAUCAAUCUGAUGUUAUUUAUUACUGCCCUUGGCGGGCUGCAGAGGGAACCUCGCGGGUCUGCACACACCCCUUUCCCUAACCACUCCUGGUCUAGACUUGAAGAGAGUUGAGCUGUGUUGAGGCCUCCCCACACCCCUGAUCCAGACUUCGGAGGGAGUGGGGGUUGCAAGACAAAUCAGAAUGUGGGCAACAAUGAGGGAGAGGGGGCGAGUUCUCACUGGGGAGGCACAGGUGGGGCCUUCUGCCUCCCACUGCAGUCUGACCUCCAGAGCUCAGCGCCCUCCUUUCUUCUCAGUGGU